CUCUGAUUCAUAGUUUUACAGUCUAUGCAUAUUAAACUAGUGUGCGCGAUGCUGAGGCGAGCAUAGAUGUAUGUGGCUAUCUAUGUGCAGAGUGUCGCCGGUUGUAUGCAGUUUUGGUAUGCAUAGUAUGAAUUUGCCUAAUUCAAUGGAUUUUUAGUACGUAUAAUUUGGUAUGUAGUAUAUUUUAAUUCAGUCGAUUCAACUUGUAUUCUUUAUUGUUAGCGGCAAUAAUUAGGAGGAGCAAUCCAUAAAUAUUGUUGGGUUUCUUAUUGUUUAUAUUUAAAUUAAGUCGAGCAUGUUGUGUGAGUGAUUUAAAGCAGGUGCCAAUGUAAGUCGAGUAGCAAUCUAUUGUUUGGAUUGCAGAUUCAUAGGCAGGCCAAAAAUAAGCAAGCAAGUUCUUCUCAGCACUGUAAAUGGAAGAAAUAGAACACAAGUACACCCAAGUCAACGGGCUGAAGCUCCAUACUGCGGAAAUCGGAGGCCGCUCUUCGCCAUCGGUUGUCUUCUUACACGGAUUUCCGGAAAUAUGGUACUCGUGGCGCCACCAGAUGAUCGCCGUCGCCAAGGGCGGUUUCAGAGCCAUCGCACUCGAUCACAGAGGAUACGGGCUAUCCGACCCGCCGCCCCGACCCAACCAAACCACAUUCGCGGAUCUCAUUGCUGAUCUGCUUGCUCUCCUUGAUUCUCUCAACCUUUCCAAGGUUAUUUUAGUUGGUAAAGAUUUUGGAUCACGGAUUGUUUACUUAUUCUCGCUUCUUCAUCCUUCGAGAGUAUCAGGAUUUAUCACACUAGGAGUGCCUUUUAUUCCUCCAAGUCGUCCCUCAGCUGUGAAGCUCCAUAGCGAAGGCUCCUACAUCUCUAGAUGGCAGGAACAAGGAAGAGCCGAGGCUGAUUUCAGCCGGUUUGCCACUAGGACUGUGGUAAGAAAUAUAUACAUUCUUUUCUCGAGAAGUGAAGUGCCAACAGCUCUGGAGAAUCAGGAGGUCAUGGAUAUCGUGGACUCAUCGACUCCUUUACCCCCCUGGUUCACUGAGCAAGACCUCGACGUAUAUGCUUCUCUGUAUGAGAAAUCCGGAUUCCAAACUGCAAUGCAAGUACCUUAUAGAUCGUUAAAUGAAGAGUUCGGCAUUGCAAAUGUGAAGAUUGAAGUUCCUGCAUUGGUGAUCAUGGGAGGUAAGGACUACUCGUUGAAUUUUCCUGGGAUUGCGGAAUACAUAAAGAGUGGAGUGGCGAAGACUUACGUGCCCAAGUAUGAAACAGCAUUCUUGCCAGAGGGUUCCCAUUUUUUGCACGAACAGUUCCCUCACCAAGUUAGUCAGCUAAUACUUGACUUUCUUUGCAAUCAUAGUUGAUUUUGAGGUGAAUGGCAUACAUUUUCAUCUUUUUUUUCCUUGUAUCCUAGAGUUUAUGUUGAUUACGGCACACUAUUAAUUUCACUAGUUUAUAACUAGUGAAAACCACAUUUUUUAUUCCUAAAUUUUGUCAUAAUAUUACAUGUGGCCGAUAUUC